ACAUCAUAACAACCACAUUUGUCUCUUGGACCUAAGCGCGGUCUAUUGGAAUUUGCGAGUAAUAUUAUUUUUUACUCUUCGUUUUGUGAGGUUUGGUAUUGAUUUGGGGUACGAGUUUUCAUGGCUGCUCCUGCCUUGCAACAGCCCAGUUAUCUUCUGGCUAAUUUAAAGGCAGACUGGACCAAUAAACCUCUUCACCAAAGAUGCCAUGAGUUGUGCAAAAUUAUGGAUGAUUAUCCUGCAAAGGAGCUGCAUGCAAUCUUCCCGUGGUUGGUGGAGUGUGUGUUUGGAAGUCUGGAUGGAAUUCUUGCUGGCUGGAACCUUCGCUUUCUGCAGGCUCGAUCAACAGAGUACAACAUCGCCAUGGAGUUUCUGGACCCAAGUGGUCCUAUGAUGAAACUGGUAUACAAACUACAAGCAGAGGAAUACAAGUAUGAGUUUCCAAUCAGUUAUCUGCCGGGUCCAAUAAAGUCAUCCAUUCAUGCAGGGGUUUUGCCAGAUUGCCCUCUGUUUCACAAUAAAAUUCAGUUCCCCAUGUCAGGCCUGCUAUUUCUCAAUCCUUUUGAAUAUUACAUGUUCAACUUUGCCUCCAGUCUCAUUGCACCAAAGAACUACCCUCCAGGGCAGCAUGGGAGUUGUUCAGAAAGCGCAUACUUUGUGCUUGUCGACACCUACCUCAAAUUCUUCCUCCCUACAGAGGGCAAUGUGCCUCCAUCACCUUUCUCUGACACUAGGAGCACAGUGGCCUCUCCUGCUCCGAGGUCUACCAAUGUGCCUUAUGUUGGAUAUGGUGGUCACAGCACCAGUCUGUUGAAGCGUCAUAUUACCCAUCAGUCUUCAGUCAACGCUGACCCUGCCGCACAAGAGAUCUGGAGGUCCGAAACACUUCUUCAGGUAUUUGUGGAAAUGUGGCUUCAUCACUAUUCUCUGGAGAUGUACCAGAAGCUGCAGUCUCCUCAGGUAAAGCUGGCGUUGUUGCAGUACCGCCUCAGUAUGUCCAGCAUGCUGUGCCAACCCCCCGCCCCACCAGGCUCUGGGACCCUCCACACAUACCAAGAGCCCUUUAUGCCUUCAGAGGAGCACGUUCUUGUAGUGCGUCUCCUGGUCAAGCACCUGCACACCUUCUCCAGCAGCCUGAAGCCAGAGUCCAUCUCCUCCUCGUCGCCUGCUCACUCCCACAGCAGUCCUCUGGAGGAGCUCAAGCGUGUGGUGGUGCAGAGGUUUGUCCAGCAGAAGCUGUACGUCUUCCUGCAACACAGCUUCGGUCACUGGCCUUUGGAUGCAUCGUUCCGAGCGGUACUAGAGACGUGGCUUAGUUAUAUCCAGCCCUGGAGAUACACUGGAGACAAAAACAACACACAAACUGAUGGUCAAAACAGGACCGUUCCUGAUAAAUGGGCUUCAUUUGUUCAGGAGAAUCUGCUCUUGUACACAAAGCUUUUCCAGGGCUUCUUGAAUCGGGCCAUGCGCACAGACUUGGUCAAUGCCAAAAAUGCCCUGAUGGUCUUCAGGGUCGCCAAAGUCUUUGCUCAACCAAGCCUGUCAGAGAUGAUUCAGAAAGGUGAGCAGCUGUUUUUGGAACCAGAGCAUGCCAUCCUACAGCGGCAUAAUCGUGUUUUCCUGACGCCUUCACAUGGUGGCAGCUUCCUUUCUGCUCGCCAGCCAAUGGGCACUGACAAUGUCUUCAAGGUCAAAAGUCAUGUUUAUAGUCUGGAAGGGCAAGACUGUCAAUACAACCUCAUGUUUGGUCCUGAUCAGCGGAAAAAUGUGUUAAAGCUCAUCCAGAUUAUCGCUCAAGCCCGACAGACAGCUAAACGGAUAUCGGAUCAUUCUGCAGAGAUGGCUGCAAACAACUCCUUCCUCUCGUGGUUCAGCGUUGGCUCUCCUGAUCAUAACAGCACCUUCACUGGAGGAGAGAUGGAUGAUAUGGGUGGAGAAGGUGUGAAGAAAACUCACGAGUUCCUGGAUAAAGCCCUAGACUACCUCUGUCAGAUAUUCCGGUUAAAUGCAGGCCAGCUGUCUCAGCUGAUUGCCAAUGUGGCAUCUGUAGACAAUAAUGGGGCAUCUAAACAGUUGCCCGACUGCAUCCCGAGUGAAAAUGGCCUUGUUUUAACAGACCUGGGCAGGCUACAGAUCAUCAAUGGUCUCCGCAGAUUUGAAAUUGAAUAUCAAGGAGAUCCAGAGCUUCAACCUAUCAGGAGCUACGAAAAUGCUUUUUUGGUUCGACUGCUGUUUCAGAUCUCAACUUUCAUUAAUGAAAGGCUGGGAGAGCGUAUGGAGGUGCUGUGUUCUCGACAGGACUUCCUGGGGAGUGUAGGACGACACUACUUGAGCAGUUCUUCAGCUCUGGUGGAGCAGCGGAGAAAGAGCCCUGUAACACGGCAGAUUAGGGAUCGUCCUCAGCGUGCACGCCUCAGUCUGCGAGCUCUGGCCAGCUAUCGCACCCUCCUCACACUCCUCCUGCUCUACAUGCUGUUUGCACUACUCUCAUUCGGCCUGUUCUCCAGCACUGGACUCAUUCUCGUUAUAAGCUUUCUAUAUGAGCUCCUGUCGAAUUUCUUUCAUGAAAAACUAAAGACUCAUUAGAUGAAAA